AUGGUGAAAGUGAUGAUAAGUAAUGUUGCAGUUCAUAAUAAUCCAGCGAAGUUUCUAUCAAAUUAUACAUUCGAGAUUAAAUUCGAAUGUUUAGAACAAUUAACACAAGAACUUGAAUUCAAACUUGUUUAUGUGGGCGAUGCCAAAGAAGAUAAACAAGAUCAAGUACUUGAUGUUGUUGUUAUCGACGCCGUUGCGCCAGGAACAUAUAAAUUCGUCUUCGAAGCACCACCACCUGAUCCAAAAAAGCUUCCAAAUGAUAGCGAUGUGGAUGUUUCCGUUGUUCUUCUUUUGGCUUUGUAUCGUAAUCAAGAAUUCGCACGCGUUGGUUAUUAUGUGUUUACAGAAUACGAUGAUCCCGAACUGCGAGAAAAUCCUCCAGUAAAAGUUGAUUUUGAAAAGUUGAAUCGAAACAUUGCUGUUGAUGAACCUCGUGUAACGACAUUUCCAAUUGUCUGGGAUGAACAACAAUCAACAGACCAACUUGUCUUUGCUGAAUUAACUGAAGAAGAAAAGAAAAUGGCUGAAACGACUGAAGAAUUAGAAAUUUGCCAUAGUCUAGAAAAUGUCAAUUGCACAAAUGAAACGCCAAGUGAACCGCAACAAACCAAUGAAAGCGAACCAUCGACUGAACCACUACCGCUGCCAACAACAACAACAACAACAACAACAGAAGAGAUAACAAACGAAAUGGAACCAUCUGUUGAACUUUCAACAGUAAAUGAAUCUGUUGUUCCAACUGAAACUUCAACUGCGAUGGAUGCUACUAAUUAG